GACUUUCCGAAUUGUAUAUCUACAAUUGAUGUAUCUUUCUUUUUUAAUAAAAAAACAUCGUUCAAUUGAUAUCUAUCACAAUCCUCCAAUGUCUCCCUCUAACCCUAAUUUCAAUCGAUGGGCAGCCAGUCAAAAGCCCCGCUCUCAUACUAUGUAUGAUGCGCCAGCCUUUUAUCGCAACUUGGAGGAAGCUCUCGAUGUUCGAAGAGAGAACCAUGAUCUACAUACUCUAGUCAAAAACACAUGGGCCAAAGGAGAAACCGUAGAUUUCUUCUCCAACGAUUCACUUUCCUUCGGCGCUAGUGGAAGAUUGCGCAAGGCUUUUGAUGAAGAAUUAGCUCGCAAUCCGAAUGUCCAACUAGGAGCUGGAGGUUCUCGCUUAGCGGAUGGUAAUUAUGAUUAUAUUGAAGCGGUAGAGCAGGAAAUUGCCGACUACCAUGGCGUCGAAGCGGCGCUUAUUGUAGGCUCGGCGUGUAAUGCUAAUUGUGCGGUUUUUGAAGCGAUUCCGCAACCAGGAGAUGCUAUUGUUUAUGAUGAGUUUGUUCAUCCGAGUAUCGUGGAUGGAAUGUCGCGUUCGCUUGCUACUACACAAGUUUCUUUCGCUCACAACGAUAUCGAUUCAUUUCGUCAAGCUUUAAUAUUCCUGUCGGACUCACAAUCUCUCAUCAAACAGGGAAAGAAAUGCGUUCUUAUUGUUGUGGAGAGUUUCUAUAGUAUAGAAGGCGAUAUGUCUCCCCUAACAGAACUGGUGCAGAUAACAAAAGAGAUAUUCCCACACGGAAAUGCACAAUUCAUUGUGGACGAAGCGCACAGUAUGGGUGUGGUAGGCAAAAGAGGAUUAGGAUACGUGAAUGUCUUGAAUCUGGAUUCGGAAAUCGCAAUCAAAACUCACACGUUCGGUAAAGCCUUCGGAUCAAUAGGAGGUGUGAUACUUGGUAGUCACACGGUUAAGAAUGCGUUGGUGAAUUUUUCUCGCUCGACUGUUAUUACUGCGGGACCCGCUUUUCAUCAAGUUGCUGCGAUUCGAGCGGGUUAUUCUUUAUUACCACAACCUGAGACUGAAGAAGGACGAGCCAACAUCCAACACCUCGUCACACUCUUCUUCCAAACCAUAACUUCGCACCCCAUCUGGCCCCUCGCCAACAAACUCGGAAUCAUCUCCAUCCCCCUAUGCGAUUCCUGGGACAAGCGCCCGUUUCAGACACAGAUGGUGCCGCUGUGGACGCGAGAUGUGCAUGGGAAAGAAUUGGCGUUUUAUCUGGAGGAGCAUGGAUACGCGGUGUUUCCGGUCAGGUAUAAGGUUAAGGAGGGAAUGGCGAAGUUGAGGAUUAUUGUGCAUGCGGGACAGACGGGGGAGGAGGUGGUGGGGUUAGUGCGGGCGGUUUGUGGGUGGGCUGGGGGGGUGGUGAGGGGGUUGGGGAGGGAGAGGGAGAUGGGGAUGGGGAAGGUGAGGGAAGGGAGUGUGUUUUGUGGGAUGAGAAAGGUGUGCGAGUCUGCUGAAGAGAAGGAGGAUAGCGGUGUUGAGGUUGAGGUUGUGGAUAUGUAUGAAGAAGAGGAAGAGGAAGAGGAAUAUUUCAACAGAGUUUGACGCCACCAGAUAUCGUUCAGCUUAGAUGAGUAGAUCAUAUUCUUUAUUUUUGUAUAGUAUUCUCAUCAGUAUUAGAUUCAGUAUCCAUAUAUUCUAUUUUACAAUACCCAUUCAUGUCAUUCA